GGCUGCACAGUCCGCGCGCACGGAGGACGGUUUGUGCGCCUCCGCGGAUGCUCCUCCAACAUGCCAACAAGACUCUCCACGCACUUCUAGAGACAAAAGUCACAUUUCAAACAUUUUACUUUUUGUUUCUUCUUCACUGCCAGAAGUAACCAGAUCUCACGUGGCUGAGAAGUUGUUGGUCCUUCACUGAGGUUGACGCCCUUUGACCUCGGGAUCAUGGCCUACACCCUGGGCUCGGCGCCUGACGAGAAGACCCGCAGCAUCGGACCUCAGCACUGCGUCACUCGGGUGGAGCUGUCCGUCACGGCGUCCAGCCUGCUGGACCGGGACGUUGCCUCCAAGUCGGACCCGUUCUGCGUUCUCUUCCAGGAAGUGGAUGGAAACUGGGCAGAGCUGGGACGCACGGAAACAGCCGUGAACAACCUGAACCCGGUGUUCGGCGUGAAGUUUCAGGUGGACUAUCACUUUGAGGAGAUUCAGAAGCUGCGCUUCGCCAUGUUCGACGAAGACAAAUGUGCCACGCAGCUCUACGAACACGACUUCCUGGGAGAGUUCGUCUGUACGCUGGGAGUGAUCGUGUCUAAUAAGAAACUUCACCGACCGUUGAUAUUAGCCAAUGGGAAGCCAGCUGGCAAAGGAUCCAUCACGAUAACAGCGCAGGAGCUGUCUGACAACAGAAUCAUCACUCUGACCCUGAGUGGGCGCAAACUGGAUAAGAAGGACUUCUUCGGUAAAUCAGAUCCGUACCUGGAGUUUCACAAACAGGGAGAAGACGGUAAAUGGAUGCUGGUGCACCGGACUGAGGUCAUUAAGAACACGUUGGAUCCGGUGUGGAAACCCUUCACUGUGCCUCUCAUUUCCCUCUGCAAUGGAGACGUGGACAGAAACAUCAAGGUGCUGUGUUACGACUACGACAACGACGGAGGCCACGACUUCAUCGGAGAGUUUCAGACCGCAGUUGCCAAGAUGAGCGAGGCGCAGAACUCAGUGGAGGUGGAGUUUGACUGCAUCAACCCCAAGAAACAGAAGAAGAAGAAGAACUACAAGAACUCAGGAGUUAUUGUCAUCAAGUCCUGUAAGAUUGCACACAACUACACCUUCCUGGAUUACAUCCUUGGAGGAUGCCAGCUCAUGUUUACGGUGAGGAAGACGUUGCAUGUUUCUCUGCGUUCUUCCUCUUGCUCUGCCCUCGAAAACAGGAAAAACGUUCAGAUUUCCUAUUUUCGUUUCCCGCGGCUGCAGCGGGAUCAUUUCCAUACAGAGAGGGGAACGUGUGAGGGGCAGUGA